AUGGCCCGAGGUUUCAUCGACAUCUUGGACGCCCAAUCUGAGAUCAAACCUUCCGGAUUCCAGAAUCGGGUUAAGGCGGCCGGCGUUCGGGAUUAUGGAGAGGAUGUUGCUGACAGGAACAUUGGUGAAAAUGGAGUCGACUUGGCGUCUGCGAAGGUCCAGGCAUUCUAUGCCACCAACGGUGGUAGCCCUCAUGAUCGGCAAGAUGGCGCGCCCGCACCGUCUGUCUCAAUGGCACAGUUUGGAGACAAAGACCAACCGUUCAAGCCUCCCCGACGCCACGACUCACUCGAUAUGGGCGGCCGAACGAAGUCUCUGACUUCAGCGAGCGUCGGCCAAAUCCCAUUCCGAACCACCAUUUUCAAUCCCGAUCGAUCGCAGAGGCACGAGACAAUCAUGGAAGACGUACCCGAAUCGGCCCGCAGCCGACGAAGACAAUCUCUUGGAUCCUACUCCCUUGGAUCCUUCAUCCCGACUACCCCAUCGAACGGGCCGCUUGACGUCCACAAAAUAGCCGAUUCAUCCGUCUCGCCUAGCACCAGGAGACAGAAACGGCGAUCAACGACCGGUGGCGAGGCACCACUCAACGAAUUGGGUAUCUUCAGCACACGACCGACCGAAUCGCCAUCGUCGCCAAAGACAUCGCAGAAGGCGGUUUACGUGGUCAAGCACAACUACUCGCUGCCGGUCCAGCAGCGACCAAAGACCUCCGGCCAUGCGCAGCCCGAGACUUAUCAAGCGGUGAGGCCGCCAUCCCGCGGAGGGUCAGUAGCCAAUUCCACUUUCUCCUCCCCAACCCAGAAAACGCCCUCAAAACGACAUACUCUGUCACUGUCCGCGACAGGUGUGCCGUCCUUCCGCAACGGCGAGUUGUCGUCACGGAAUGUGAUUCCCGACGAUGACAACGACGCAAGAGGGCGGGUCGGCCGGGUUGAGGUUGAGAGCUUUGUUGAUUUUGGGGAUGGAUCCUCACCGGCGCCUUCACCUCAUGUGAUGAGAAAUGGCCCCUCGUGGCGUGAGAGCCAAGACGAGAGGUUGAAAAGCAACGUGCCGCCAAGGAAGAACAACAAGCUCGAUGAGAUUUGCGAGCAUGUGCCGAUCCGGACCAGUAGCCUACGCCACUGGUCAAUAUCCUCCGCGACGCCGACCAUGUCCAGCACUAGCUCAUUUCCGCGACCGCAGUCUAGACAUACGGCCACGACGUCUGUCGAUCUUGCAACCAUGUCCUCAUUCAUGAACGACAGCUGCAGCUCAUUGCACAGUGGGACUGCUGACCACACCUCGUUCUGCACUGCGCUUGAGAGCGCGCUGCCGUCGCCAGUGGACGCGGCCACACCAGGCGCAGGUUUCAACAUUGACGACUACCUCUCGUCAGACGACGACGUUGACGCGGAUUCUUUCAUUACAACGCGUCAUCGCGACUCAGGCCUUGGUGCGACUCAAGAGGAGGAGCUCCUGUUCAGCGACAGCGGGUACGGAGAAGCAGGUCUGCAGCUACCAGGCCUGUUCGACAGCCUGUCUGCUGUUCCGGAGCCCAAUUAUGUAUCACCUUCGCGUCCCAGCAUGCGGCAGUCCCACAGCUUCGGCAGCCCAGUGCGCUUCCAAAGGAGACUGUCUCUGGACCCGAGGGUUGAGGCACCCAUCUUCUCACUUGAUGAAGAGGAUGACGGGCCUGGUGAUUACGAUAUCCUGCCUGCUCGAGCAGACCUAGCUCUCGGCAGGCGGGGCACCAGGAGGAUCUCAGCUAUCGGGACGGUGUACCAGAGUAUCGAAGAGGAGAGAGAAGAGAAGGUCGAUGUGAGGACGGCGAUUCGACUAAGAAAGGAGGCCAAGGCUAAGCAAAGAGCCAUGGCGAGGCUCAGCAGGGUGCAGCGGAGAAAGGCUGUGGAUGAUGACGCGGAUCAUGCUGAUGUGGAGUGA